UCAGUGAUGAAGAAAAUGGCGCUAAGGAUAUGAUUGAAUACGGUAGCCAGAGAGUGUUCUAGACCACUUACCUGUUGAUCCAAUUAGUUCAUAUUCUAUUGAAAUAUGUAAAUUGAUUUUGGACAUUCAUAUUCGACUAAACAAAUUUAAGUGAAUUCAGUGAUAAACAUAGUUACUGCUAACUUAGUCAAGCUAAUAGGCCCAUACGUAAUGUGCGAAAACGAAACCAUAACAAAAUAUGGUUCCAGCGACAGCCGGCUAAGUUCCACUCUUCAGUUAUCCAGUAUAUACCAUAUCUAGUUAGAAAGUUGAGUGUUUUAUUAGCAGCUAAACUUCCAUGUGAACUCCAGCCAACAAUCAUGGAAAAACUGCAGUGCAAAUUGUGUGAUAUUCAUUUGAAGAUACCAAACAGCCUGAAGAAGUUGAAUAUAAGAGAUUUGAAGGUGGAUACAGACCCAAGCAUAUCCUAUAUACAGGGAAGAGUGAAAGAGAGAUCAGAACUACAAAAAAAUAAAUGGUUUGAUUACAUGAGAGUGUCUCUUCAAGAUGAUCAGGAUGAUACUUCAUGCCAAAUAAUGGUUUUUGUGACCGGCUCCAUUGCUAAGGAGAUGGAUAUCAUACAGAAAGAUUAUACUCUGGUGCUGAGCGGGUUCAAGGUAGAAGAAAAUUCACGUAUCAAACCAUCAUCACAUCCUUGUCAGCUGGUAGUGGAUGAAGAAAUGAGCACACCAAAGGUUUGGUAUAUAGAGCCGGAACCAGACUUGAUCGAUUCCCAGGAACCCUCCACUUCUGUUGCUGUGAAUGGUCAGAGGUCAAGGGUCAAUACACCAGACAGACAGCCAUCAGAUAAUGCUAAGACCAAAAAGGCAGAUUCUUCCAAGAAGGUUUACAGUUAUUGUCGGCUCAGCUCUCUAAAGCCCAAUACAGUGGUGGAUGUGUACGGAGUGGUCAAGUUCUUCAAGUCUCCGAGUAAAACCAGGGGAAGUGAUUAUAGUAUGCUGGUGACCUUAGUUGACCCCAGUCUCUGUGAAUUGGAUGCAAACAAGAAGCUCAAGUGUCUUUUGUUCCAUCGUGAUCAAGCCCAGCUGCCUUCAGUAGAUGUUGGAGAUAUCAUUCGAUUUCACAGACUUAAGGUGUCUUUGUACAACGGCGACCUUCAGGGACAAAACGGUCCCGGAUUUUCCUGGUUAUGUGUCAGUGGAGUGGCCGGUGAUCCUAUAGAACCAAAGGCUUCAUCCAACAAUUUCUCAUUUACUGAGAGAGAUACAGAAAAGAUUGAAGAGCUAAGGUGCUGGCAGGAAAAAGAUCAAGUGCAAUGGAGUCAAGAAGAAAGAACCAGAAACAAACACAUUGAGGACAUAGUCCCCGGGCUAUAUUUAGAUUUAUUAUGUCAGGUUAUCUCAGUGCAAGUUGUGGAUGACAGCUGUGUGACCUUCCGGGUAUGGGAUGGUACAAAGACUAUUUAUAUGGUGAGGGAAAUGGAAGCGGACCCAAACACCCACAUCAGGAGAACUGAUAGACAGUUGAAUGCUAGGGCAAAGGACUGGGCUGUAGAUGUUGCUCUUUAUGACGAUCAUAGUAUCACAGCAGCUAAUAUACAGCCAGGGCAGUUCAUCAAAUUGUGCAAUCUUCAUGCAGCUGUCUUAAAAACCUCGGUAGCUAGGGACAACAUGUCCUCCCUGCCAACACUGGAACUAGUUCUACACAGAGGCACCUCGUAUGGGCGGGGCCUAAAUGUUAUGAAGGCGGAGUCACCAGACAUCUUGACAUUGAUUGACACAUUAGACAGAGUAGCUCCGCCCAUAGGAGAUGAUUUUGAUGAAGCUGAGGCUAUGGAUCUGUUUGAAGGAUCAAUGAAGGAGCCGGAGAUGAAUGGUGAUGAUAUAGGUGAACCAAGUAUUCAGGAAAAUACUAUCAAUAGUUCAACUCAACACAACAUCAACAACAGGAAACGGCCAGCAGAUAAUGAGAAUGACUGUCAGAGUGAUUCUGCGAGGAAACGGACAAGGUCAAGUUUUAGAGGGGGAAACAUAACUCAAAACUGUGACCAAUCAGCUGUGUCUGAUAUAACAUCUGAUCAGUCGGCUUUGGAAUUAUCAUGUGACAGCUCUCAUAACCAAUCAGCUUCCCCGGAUUAUGUUGAAAGAUGUAUGCUACAGACAGAGACAGUUGUUCUGAACCAUCCACAUGUACAAGUGACCAGCAUUCAAGAUAUUGAGUCACAUUCUGUCCCAUACAAGUUCAGAGUUCUUGGUCGAAUAGAGGAGUAUUUUCCGUGUCCAGUCCAGGCGCCCGAGGAUCUGGUCCGACUCUACUGUUCACAGUGUAACUGCCUUGUUUCACUACCAAAGGUAGAUGGUAAUUCCAACGAGGAACCAUCCUCAUCCACUAGCCAAGUUCCCGAAGUAAGCCAUGUCCAGGCAGGGGUGCAGUACUACAAAUGUCCAACUUGCAAGACUGUGGACCUGAUAUAUACGUAUAUGUUAAGACUGUUGAUCCGAGACAGUACAGGAUGGAUACAGGCCAAUCUUUGGAGAGAGGAAGCGGUUACGUUUUUCAAAGACAUCGACCCAAGAGAUGUGGUAUCUAGUCAGAAGAUCUUUCGUGAUGUCUGUGAUCAGUUGGACAAGAUUUCCGUGCCUGUUAAUGGAAAGAAACCUUUAGUUGAGUGUGGGGUGAUGUCUUUUAGCAGCGGUAAAGGAACUGGAUAUCAUAUAUUUGACACCUGUGUGGCAUAGCAGCAUUCAUUGUUUCCAUAUAAGGUUUUAAA